AAACUUUGUUUUUGCACCUGCAAUUCUGUUAAAUUUCUCGGUUGGCUUCAGAUUCAGAUUCGGUUAGCCGGUGGCAUUGAACUGAUAUGGAGUUAGAUUAUUAUAUACCUGAGCUGCUAGGUUCUAGUCUCUGUAUGAAUUUACUAUUAAGUUGGAAUUAAAUUUUGCUCUCUAGUGUUUACCCUUGAGACUCAAUAAAAAUUAAACUGGAAAAUCCAAGAACCUGGAAAUUGUUUUUGGCUAAGUUUUAUUAGAAUGAGCUUAGAAUUUUCUCACAAAAUCUAAACGAGAUAUAAAAAUAAAAGUAUAUAUAUGCUGACAGAAUUUGAAGCUUUCUAAUCUAAACGAACACAUUAAUGAAGGCAAACAUUUUACAUAUUGCAUCUGGAGUUCUCCAUUCCAUAUUAGCAUUCCAAUAAUACCGAUUGGAGAGAUGAAGCCUGUGUGUGAUGUAUAAGCCUAUUUUUUCCUUUGAAAACGGCCUGUCAUCUUUUUAUUAACAGGAUCUUCCAGGCAUAUUCAUUUGAAAAUGAUUGAAUAGACCAAUCUCCAUAUCAUGGAAUGACCACUCUACUACCCAAAUGCAGAAGUCUUUCCCACGCCAAGCAACACCACUCCCAUCUCGUAACCACCGGCCACUUCCGAUUCAAAAUCUCUCCUUCCCGCUCAAAACUCCUCCAACUUUACGCCUUGUCUCUUAACAACCUCUCGGUAGCCAUCAAAACUUUCUACCAAAUCGUUACUCCUUCAACAGCCGACUGGAAUGCUAUCCUACGUGCCCUGAUCCAAAGCACCCACCCAAUAGAUUCCUUUAGAUGGUACAGGAACAUGAUCCGUGGAUUAUAUAAAGUAGACGCAUUGACUUGCACUUUCGUUUUAAAAGCUUGUGCUCGCGCUUUAGCUUGUUCUGAGUCUACCCAGUUGCACUCCCAUACCGUGCGUAAAGGGUUUGCUGCUGAUGCUUUGUUGGGUACCACUUUGCUGGAUUUGUAUGCUAAAAUUGGCAAUCUUGAUAGUGCACAGAAGGUGUUUGAUGAGAUGCUUGUGAAAGUUACUGCGUCGUGGACUGCUUUGAUUUUUGGGUUUGCUCAAGGAAAUAAGCCUAGUGAAGCAUUGGGUUUGUUUAAAAGAAUGGAGGUUUUGGGGCUUAAGCCUGAUGAAACUACUCUUCUUGCUGCUUUAUGUGCUUGUUCUCAAUUGGGUGCUUCUAAAGAAGGUGAAAAGAUUCACGAGUUUAUAAAGAAUCAGAAGUUAGACUUGAAUGUGAGAGUUUGUAAUGCAUUGAUUGACAUGUAUGCGAAAUGUGGUUCCGCUGAUAAGGCAUAUUUGGUUUUUGAGAGUCUGGGUCCUAAUAAGACUCUUGUUAAUUGGAAUACAAUGGUAAUGGCCUUUGCAAUGCAUGGUGAUGGUGUUAAAGCUCUUGGGCUUUUUAAGCAUAUGGGUCAAGAGGGUCUUAUCCCUGACGCAAAGUCUUAUUUGGCAGUACUGUGCGCGUGUAACUAUUCGGGGUCAGUAGAAGAAGGUUAUAGGUUGUUUAAUUCAAUGGAGAGUAGUGGAGUGAUACCUAGUAUCAAGCAUUAUGGGAGUGUUGUUGAUUUGUUAGGCCAAGCUGGACGGGUUCGGGAGGCUUAUGAUGUUAUCAAUUCUAUGCCAAUGGUGCCUGAUUUGGUAAUUUGGCAGACAUUGCUCCGAGCUUGUAGGACUUGUGGGAAUGCAGAAAUUGCUGAACUUGUUUCGCGGAAGCUGGUGGAAAUGGGAUCUGACCAUGCAUUUCCAGUAAAAGAGAGGUGGACUAGUGUGGAUUGGUUGAGGGAGACUAUGACAAAUAGGGAUGUGGAAAAGGUGGUUGGGGUUAGCUACAUUGAAGAAAAAGGUGUAAUACGGAAAUUCUAUGAUGGUGAUAAGAGUCACAAAAGUUGGAGGAAAAUUUAUGCUAAAUUGAGGGAGAUCAGAUUCAAGAUUAAGGAGUAUGGAUAUUUGACUGAUAUUGGAGAGAAGAUUGAGACAAUGAACGUAUUGUGGCAUCACAGCGAGAAGUUGGCUGUGGCUUUUGGUAUGAUUAGCACUGGCGAAAGAAUGCCCAUUCAAGUGAUUAAGAAUCCAAGAAUAUGUGGGGAUUGUCAUGUGGUUAUUAAGCUUAUAUCAAAGAUAUAUAAUAGAGAAAUUAUUGUAAGGGAUCAGGUAAGAUUUCACAGGUUUAAGCAAGGUACUUGUUCGUGCAGAGAUUUUUGGUGAAUCAAGCUAUAUUCAUGUAUUCUUAAAAUGGUUCUUCGAACAGGAAGGUUCCUUUUUGAUGUACAUGCAGUAGGGAAGAAGAUAAUAGGAAACACAAAUUUAAAAACUAUCUGGGCAUCAUUUGCAGCCUUGACUCUCCAUUGCUUCUCUCUAUAUAGAAUUGUCUUCCUCUGAUCAUGGCGAUUGCAGUUAGCAUUGCACUUGAUCUUCUUAAUCUGUAGACCCAGUUGCCCUACGUUCUGUGGGGUGAAGUUCCUGAGUCUCUGCAGAUGGUAAUUCCUCUUCCUUCUCCGUUGAUGGGGCCUUUCCCACAUUCUGUGCCACUGCGGAUACUACCUACAAUGAUAUCUGGAGUUUUAGAUAAUUAUGCAAGAUUAGUCUAAGCCUAAAAAAGAUAGAUCACGUACUUUCAAUAACUCAUCCAUCUUAAUCAACUGUCAAGAUUCCAGGAGGUUUUCCA